AAAGGAUUACGAAUUCCACGAACGCCAGCACACGCUCCCACAGCGAGGCUCUCCUUUUGAAGUUGCCGGGCACUUGUCAUGCACGUCCACAUCGAUCCCUCCUCCGGGAACCCAAUUCCUCCUCCGAGCUCCCCCAUUUAUAUCCACCGCACUCCUCGUCGAUCGGAUCACGAGCUGAUCGGAUGAACGGCGCAGACAAAGAAUCACCCGAUCCGUAGCGGCGCGCAGAAGGAUCACUUGAUCGGGGAGCAAUGCCUUGCUUGGCGCAGGAGCUCCACCCCAGGCCGGCCGCCGCCGCCAGCAACUACUGCAAGUCCCUCUCGUCGCUCAUCCGGGAGACUUACGCGCACUGCCACGUCCCCUGCGUCAGGGUCCCCGCCGGCGCCGCCGGCUGGAGCUCCGGCGAGGACAGCGACGACGACGACGGCAGCGGCCUCGACGAAGCGCUCGACACCAAGCAGGUGGUCCUCGCCGAGAUGAGGAAGCGGUCCCGGUGCAGCCAGCUGGACUCGCCGACGCUGCCGCUGACCAGCGCGGCCUUCGCCUGGUCCUACACCCCGCUCGAUCCGAGGACCGUCCUCGAGAAGGUGUCGAGUCCCAAGACGUGCGUCGUGGUGGAGGGGACCGACGAGAAGGCCAAGGAGGAGGAGGCAGCCGAGGAUGACGGCGACGCGGACGACGAGAGCGAGGCCUUCUUCUCGGUGAAGAGCUUCUUCACGCGCAGCACGAGCCGGGCGGCGACCGUGGCGUCGUCGGCGGCGGGCAUGAUGAUGGAGAUGGACCCGCCGCCGCCGAUGCUGCGGUCGCCCGAGGCGUGGGAGCGCUUUCGGGACUGCGAGGGGUGGCCGUUCGGGCUGUGCCGCCGGCCCGCCGUCCUCCCGCUGCCGCCGCUGCCCAGCACGCCGGCCGACUCGUGGAAGUGGCGCAAGAGCGCCAGCAGCGGCUUCGCCGCGAGCCCGGCCCCUGCUUACACCCACAAGCUUGCCAGUAAAUAACCGCAUCGCCAUUGAUGAUUAGCCAAGAAGGACCUCGGACCGUACCGUCCGUCUUAGCAACGCUGCUGAGACGAGACGACGUUUACAAGCUCUUCAGCUACUAGUUUGUGACUCUCUGCUUGAUGAGUGUUGCCAGCAGUGGUGGCGCUUCUCGUACUCUUAGCUAGUCCUGUUCUUCCGCCCUCCUCUAGAACGCGGCAAUUUCAUAGGAAUUCUACAGGACACGAGACAUCCAGUUCGAACAAAAAAUGUGAAGUUUCCUAGGAAAUUCCUACGAAAAUGUUGCAUUUUGAGGAGGCCUUGAUCUUUGGGAGGAUUUUCAUCGGGUGUACGUGCUCUGAAUAAUAAAACUCAGGUGUAAGUGUACUUUCA